GUGCCGUCAUCAAGCGAUGACCUGAAGCUCCUGUACACGUCAUCUUUGUGAGACAGUUUGUUUACAUCAUGGCGUCAGUGGAUUUCAGAGACAACCUUCUUGGGAUAUCCUGGGUUGACAGCGGCUGGGUGCCAAUUCUUAACCCUGGAAAUGUGCUGGACUACUUCUCUGAGAGAAGCAACCCCUUCUAUGACCGAACCUGUAAUAAUGAGGUGGUGAAGAUGCAGCGGCUCACUCUGGAGCAUUUGAAUCAGAUGGUGGGAGUGGAGUACAUACUUCUUCAUGCUCAGGAGCCAAUUCUUUAUAUAAUCCGUAAACAACAGAGGCAGUCACAAACACAAGUAAUUCCCUUGGCUGACUACUACAUCAUAGCAGGAGUGGUGUAUCAGGCCCCAGACCUGGGAACAGUUAUCAGCUCCAGAGCGCUUUCUGCAGUCCAUGGAAUCCAGUCAGCUUUUGAUGAGGCCAUGUCCUAUUGCCGCUAUCACCCCUCCAAGGGAUACUGGUGGCACUUCAAGGACCAUGAGGAGAGAGAAAAAGCCAAGCCCAAGUCUAAGAAGAAAGAAGAGCCCAGCUCCCUGUUUCAGAGGCAUCGUGUUGACACACUUCUUUUGGACCUCAGGUCAAAAUUUCCACCAACCUUCUACCAGCCUAAACCUGGUGAGAAGCCUAUUCCAGUUGAGGUGAAGAAGGAGCCUGAACCUCCCACAGAAACAGUAAAACAGGAGGAGAGAGAACCAGCCACAAAAUCUUCUGCUCCAGCUCCACCAAGCAAACCUCCUCCUGAGAAGAGAGCGAGACUGCAGUGACAGCCAUUCUCCUCACACUCUGAAGAUCAGAACACUGCAGUGAGAAGUCUUACAGCGCUAACUGGAGACAGCUUGACAUGAGGAGUCUGACAGUUUCCUUCCCAAAAACUGCAACAUCAUCUGCCUCUGCUUGUUUGUUCAGUUUGCCGAAUGCUAAGAAUGAACUUGCACAAAAAGUUGAAGUUUCAUCUCUCAGUGCCAGAACUACUUUUCCACUGUAAACUUUGUGUUGUACACGUGACAGAGUUGACAUCAUGGAUGCUUCAGGGCAGCUGAACUACAACCAGGGGUUAAGUGCUUGAUGUCAGCAGGCGUUUUGCAGUGGAUGAGGCUUUUUUGAUGAUUAGCUGACAUCAGCAUCGGUGUCAGCUUACUGUUGACAUCAGCACGGUGUUGGUGCUGUAGUGACUUCAGAGGACAGUUUAGUUCUGUGUCUGCUUUAUAAUGAGAUGUGUCAUAAUGCAUCAUCUCUCCUGAAAAGCAAAAAACCUGACCAGUGCACAUCUCCUUAGUUACGUACACUUUGAUUUGUUUUCCAAUUAAAUAUUCUGCUUUUGUGUUUGCUUUGUAAUAAAUUGUACAGGUUACUA